AUGUGGAUAAGAUGGAGUCAAAUUAGUAUCCCUUUCAAAGGUGUGUUGGUGGGGAAGAAGUCCAAGAAGGAUUCUCGUAAGCAAGUUAAGUGGGAAGAGCCACUUAAUUCAUUUUUGAAGCUGAACUUUGAUGGUGCUUCUAAGGGGAACCCAGGGAGAUCAGGGGCAGGCCGUGUUUUAACGGAUCAGAAUGGUUUAAUUGUGAAGGCAGCUUCCUAUAGGCUACCUAAUGGUUCAAACAAUUUAAUUGAGGCAAGGGAACUUCUGGAAGUUGUAAAGAUUGCAUCCAACAUGGGACUGUCCAAGCUGCAUAUUGGGGGUGAUUCGCAAAUUAUCACCUCGGGUCUUAUCUCCAAGAAGGUGACAAAUUGGGAGUUGCAGUUUGUGUUAGGGGAAGUUUGGAAUCUCCUACUGAGAUUUGAUGAUUUCAAAAUAAGUCAUUACUACAGGGAGGCGAACCAGUUGGCUGAUGGGUUAUCUGAUUUGGGGUAG